AAAGGGCCAAUUAGGAGUUGAUGGAGUACAGUACAUCAACAAAAAUACACGCGCAGGACGCUCCUGAUUUAAGAUACACCAAAUUUGCGUUUCACUGUAGGUUCGCUUCUCACUCGGCUAAUAAUAACCAGGAGGAUCUCUCAGGGUUUUUUGUGGUGAUGGCAUCAAAGCGGAUCUUGAAGGAGCUCAAGGAUCUCCAGAAGGAUCCUCCUACCUCUUGCAGCGCAGGCCCUGUUGCUGAAGACAUGUUCCAUUGGCAAGCAACAAUUAUGGGUCCUCCUGACAGUCCAUAUGCAGGUGGAGUUUUUCUGGUCACGAUACACUUUCCUCCAGACUAUCCAUUUAAGCCACCAAAGGUAGCAUUUAGGACCAAGGUCUUUCACCCAAACAUCAACAGCAAUGGUAGCAUCUGCCUUGAUAUUUUGAAGGAACAGUGGAGCCCUGCGCUCACCAUUUCCAAGGUGCUGCUCUCAAUAUGUUCGUUGUUGACUGACCCAAAUCCUGACGACCCGUUGGUGCCAGAGAUUGCUCACAUGUACAAAACUGACAGGAGCAGGUACGAGACAACUGCAAGAAGCUGGACCCAGAAGUAUGCUAUGGGUUAAUGUGUCGUUGCUGCUGCUCCUAUAUGCGUGAUAGGAGGGCUUCCUUCUUUCCCUGCGACUUUGGUCUAUAAAUUACUAUGUAUGAAUGAAGAAAAUUUGAUGUUCUCUCUUCUGUUUAAGUGGACCAAAAGGGAGAGGGUUUGCGUUUUGUGCCCUCCUGGUAACACAUUUGCUGCUUUUAUUGGUUGUCUUAUAAAGUUUGCUCAACCCCUUAAAAAAU